AUGGUCGCUGGAGCGUGCUCGACGAAGACGACGACGGGCGCCGAGCCAGCCCCCUGCGCUGACCCAGUGAAGCGCAUCAACCAAGCGAUCGAGGCUCUGGACUGGGACGACGUGCAGGUCGCCUUCGACGUGAUCGAUAAGGACGGCUUCCGGGUGUGCUCUGCGACCGAGGCCGCCUGGGACAGCUACGUCGAGUCCGAGGACCAAGCGAUGAAGUCGAGCGCCUUUGAGUUUAGAGACGACUCGAUUUAUCUCAUCGAGAUAAGCGGUGGUCUUCAUGCCACCAUUGCCAUGGGCAUCGACGACGCGAUGCUGGAGGCCACGGGGCCGGAGGCCACGGGAACGGACCAUCGCGUCUUUAGGGCUUUCCGCGACGCGUACGUCAACACGACCCUUGAACCAGCGGCAAGCAAGCUGCCCAAGCUCUCGCCGGACUGCUGCUACGGUCCAGCUCGCGACAUUGGCGCCAUCAAACCUCCCCGCGUCCACUGGAACGAAUUCCAUACGUUCAAGGUUGAGGUCGGAGUCUUCCAAGGCUGGCGAAGCAUGAACGCCAAGGUCGUCCAGUAUCGCGUCUUUCCCGGUCUGCGCUACGUGCUCUGCGUCUUUGUCUCGCCCGACAUGAGCGUCCGUGAGUACAAGCUUUUCUCGAUCACCAACAACGAGCUUGAAGGCGAGGCCCCAGCCCGCGUCAACCCGAUCCCGAUCACGGCCGCUACCCGUAUCGUGCUAGACGGUCGUCGACUCUUGGCGCUACCAGACGAAUUGGCUCUUCCCGGGCGCUUUCCCGCCGAGGUGUCUCUCGAUUUGCACCCGAUCUUGGAAGACGCCUUGCUCUACGACGAGGAUUGA